AUGGAGAAAUUUCGCGAUUUACGGGCUUCGAGCACCUUUAUACUAGUGGCCAUGUGCCUCUCGUCAUUUACCGAUACUUUCAUUUAUGGCAUGGUCAUACCAAUCUUGCCUUACCUACUAAUCAGCAACCAUUUAACCUCAAGCAACGAUGUUCAGAAAUGGACAUCAAUCUUGCUCACAGCAUAUGGAGCGGCCCUCCUCGUCGCAUCCCCACUUGUCGGCCUCAUAAGCGACCGUAUUCAAUCUCGCAAAUCACCAUUGAUACUCGGAUACAUCGCUGUCGCAGUAUCAACCUUAGUAUUUCUCUUCGGACAUUCAUCAGCACUCCUAGUCGUUGCUCGAGUGUGUCAGGGCUUUGCGGGGGCUGUGGUGGGUGUUUUGAGUUUUGCUAUCGUUGCAGAUACUGCUCCGCCUGAAAAAAGAGGUGAAUAUAUGGCAUAUGUAUCCCUUUCAUACACCUGGGGGAUGGUUUCCGGACCUGUAUUGGGAGGCCUUCUGUUCGAUCACUUUGGCGUACGCGGAGCUUUCGCGUUUCCGGCUGUCAUGUUGAUAUGCGACAUCAUACUGCGCAUGAUGAUACUCGAGAAGAAAAUGGACGAAGACGACGCCGGAUCACCCCAGGCUACAGAAGAAGCGCCGUUAAUACUCCCAAGAGAUCAUACCGAGGCUUCCCUGCGGCUUCGCGACUUUAUUGAUGUACGCUUCAUGACUGCGGUGCUAAAUGAAAUCACCAUUUCAGCCAUGCUUUCCGCAUUCGAGACAACUCUACCACUAUUCACUAUGGAGACAUACAAGUGGUCCUCGACAAAUGCCGGUCUCGUCUUCUUGGGUAUUUCUCUACCAAGUUUCCUCAGCAUCCCAAUGAGCAAGUACGGUCGUAACUCGAAGCGUCGUCGAGUGGUCGCUAUCGAGCUGAUCCUGGCCCUUUUUCCACUCAUUGCACUUCGAACAACGGAUGGUGCGUCUUCUAAACACCAAAUUGUAUUUGUUGUACUGGUGGUUGUAGUCGGCUUUUUCAUGACCACCUCCCAGGCACAGGUCAUGGCCGAGGUAUCUGAUGCUGUGCGGGGGAUUGAGGUGAAACAUGGUAUCAAUUCCAACCAAAAGAGUGGUAUGGGCACUGGUUAUGCAUUUUGUAGCAUGGCCAUCGCAAUCGGGCAGUUUGUGGGACCUCUUAUCGCUGGUUAUGCGAGGAUGGCCCUUGGAUGGGGAGGUAUGACUCUCGUAUUGGGUGGGACAUCGGGAGUUGUUGGAUUCUUCUCCUUGAUUGUCAAUCGGUAG